AUGAUCGAUCCUCUGCGGUACCGAUCUCUAGAGGAGCAGCUUGAGUUCGAUGAGGACAACUCUCCGAUGCAGUGCAAACAAUGCCUGCGGGGGGGAGUCAGCACCCCAGCGUUUUUCCUCUGCCACGAGUGCGGAAACACUGGUGAUCCGCGACCGUUUUGCGAGCCCUGCUUCUUCGACUACCACCUGACGAAGAGGAAAGGGAAGGAAGGACACAAGCCGCACCCGAUAGUGCAAGGAGAUCCUGUCACCGUCCAAACGCUUGCAGAUGGCGACGGUGUCACGUUUGCCAAGAUGCACGACUGGGUGACCCUCGACUACAUUUUGACGACGGACGAGUCGGACGUGGCGGUAGAGGACACGUUUCUCGCGAAACAGCCGCUCACGUUUCAGAGCGGUUGUUCCGGCCCGUGCAUCCACCUCCAGCUUCGCGGGUGCACAGGGAUAGCCGCAGCAGACAUCAUGGGUGCCAGUGACCCCUACUGCGCCGUGUACUGGAAAAACAACUUCGUCGGUGCCACAACCACAAAGCACAUGACUCUCAACCCGAAGUGGGCGAAUCAAACAUUCGUGCUACCCCUUGCUGCAGAGUCUUUGGCAGCGCUGGACGGCGGCGAGGGCUCUUCAGCGUUCUUCAACGCCGGUGCGCUCUCGCCAAAACUCCGGAUAGAGCUCUAUGACUGGGAUCGCCUGUCGAAGAACGAUUUUCUGGGACAAGUGUCCCUCAGCGAUGCCGAAAUCCUUCCCAUCUUGCGGCAAAUACGAAGCGGCGAGACAGACGAGAACCAGGCCAUCUCGUUCGAUUUGAGACCAAAACAGAGUCGUGGACAGCUCGGCAUUCGUGUUGCUCUUCUCGGGAGCAAGCUCUACGUCCACAUCAUGGAAGCCGAAAAUGUCCCUAAGGCGGACCCGUUCAGCUUGAGUGACCCAUACUGCGAGGUGUUUUGGAAUGACGAACUGGUCGGCAAAACCGCCCACAUAAACAAUACCCUGGAUCCCGUAUGGGAUUUGGAGAUCUUCGCCUUCAAAGUCGACAAAGAUGGACCCAACUCCGUCGAGAAGUCCACUCUACGAGUGGUGUGUUUGGACUGGGAUCAGUUCGGAAGCGAUGACGUGCUGGGCCAGAUUGAGCUGACCGGACCGCAAAUUAAGCAGUUGGUGGAGAGCAAGGACGGUGAUGAGGGGGCAGAUGCCGGCGAACAGGCGAUGGGAGAGGCAGACAUGGAGAAGAUUUUCGAAUUCGUACAGAUGUUUCAGGAGAACGAGAUUGACGAAGCGAGGCUCGGGAAAAUGAUCGUCGGGGUGCCCCAAGACCCAAGCAUCAAGAGCCAGCAGCACGACGCGAAAGCAGUCGACGAAGAUGUUGAGGUUGUGGAGACGACAUCCAAUAAGAAGAAGAGAAGACACAAGAAACAGAAGAAGGGUGGAGCGCCUGAGGCGGAAGAACAUUCGCAGAGACGGCUCCGUGAGGGUCAAGGGGCGGCAGAAAAUACAGAAGUGGAGGAGAGUCGUGCCCAGGUGUUGAGCUUGGGAGCGGAAGCUGGCAGGCGCAAAGAUGAACCACAAACAAACGUGGGGGAGCAGAAGAGCCGAAGGGCUGAAGCUAUGGGUAAUCAAGAGGGAGCAAGGGCAGUAGAAGAGGCAGCAGCAACAAAAACAGCAGCAGUAGAAGCAGCAGUCUUGGAAGAUGGCAUGGACGAUGAAGAUUGCGCGAAGGAGGGAGGGCGCCAAGGAGAAGAGCACCACGAAGAACCUAAGCAAAACGAGGAGCUUGAAAGACUGCCGCUGAGGGAAUCCCGACGAGUAGACGGUGGCGUCGUUCCGGGGGAAAGCAGGAAUGAGGAAUGCCGGGAUGCGGACGUGUCCGGCGGCGAAGACAACCCGGCUUCACAUGACACUAAAGCAAGUUUCGAUGCUCUUAACGUCGAAAAUCUCGCGGAGAAGACUGGGGCACGUACCGAAAAUGACAGCACUCUCGACGCUGGCGGCCUCCUUCCCGGGCCAGACCAUACGGUGAGUGUGGCGCCAGGGGGCGAUGCCGAGACAAGCGGCGUUUCAACCAACAUUGCGACAACGAUCACCGUCGGUGUUACCAAUGCCGCCGGGCAUGAGACCGACGUUGGCAAUAGCACAGGUAGCGAGGGUCUGACGCCGGGGGAACCUCGGGAACGCAAGACAAUUCUUGAGUCUAAAACGAACGAGGAGGAUCAGUCAGCAAAGGAGGAUGUGGCAGCAGAUCACGCGCCGAAAGAAACAGCAAAUGAUGGUGUCGAAGAAGGGGGUGGUCGCGCCGAGGAAGCAUCACCCAAGGCGGAACCGCGGGCUUCAAGGAAAUGGAAGAAGACAACCCGAGAUUCCUUUCGCUAUCUUGACGCAAGCGUUCAGCGUUUCGAGGAGGGCCGAGGCGUUCUGGUGGAGUAUUUGAACGAUGGUAAAUCCGUAUGGUUGGAAACCAAGGUCAUCCCUCGCCUUCAGAUCCGGGCAGACACACCGGUUGCCCACAACAUUCUUGAACGAAUUUGGGGGCAGCGACACAGACUGUUGAGCCUGCACAAGCGGGUGCUAAACGUGAAGCGGGGGAUGAAGGCCUUGAUGGGAGUCGCGAUGACCGGCUCUCGGAUGCAGUGGUACCAGCUGGGGCUGACGGACGAGCAGAGCGGGGCGAAUUUCGUCCGCGGAACCGUCGACUGUCGGUUUCUGUACCACACCAGGGGGUCCGUGUUGAGAGGGCUAGACGUGGCGGUGUCCCACAUGAGUCUCGGCGAAAGGGCCCGAGUGGAAGUGCGGUCCGACUACGGGUUCGGGGAGGUGUAUGCCUCGAGAUGCGUCCCGCCUUACGUCACUCUGGUGUUCGUAGUCCAGGUGGCGGCCAUCGGGCACCGGAGCGCGAAGUGGCUGCUGGUCCGGCGAGCGCUCAGGGACAGGAUGGACGACGCCUUGUUCCGUCUCCGAUCGCGCCUUUCGAGUGUGGCAUCGUCGUACGGGGCCGCGAGGCGCCUGGCGGCCUUACUGAGAUCGCUGAGGAGAGAGGGAAAGAGCGUGAAAGCGCUGGUGCCAGACGAUGAGGAGUCGGCGGUGGGGGACCCGGGGUUGCUGUCGGAGAGAACGGGGUACCAAGACACCCAUGCAUAA